UUCAGCUUCGACACGUCACGGGAUCCUAAAGGGAGAAUUUGUUCUGGUUUUCGACACACUGUGUUCGAGGCGUAACGUUUCCAUUUCACUGCGUUUUUUUCACUAUGUGAAGUGUUUUGUCUGGUUAAGGCGCUGCGAUAGACAGUUUGUUUUAGGUGUAGACAUGGAUGUGCCAUGCUACCUGCCCAAACUGCUCUAUGAGCUCAAUGAACAGCGUAAGCGUGACUUCUUCUGUGACUGCAGUGUCCUUGUUGAGGGCCGAGUCUUCAAAGCCCACCGCAAUGUGCUGUUUGCUGGCAGCGGCUAUUUCCGUGCCCUGUUAGUCCACUAUUUACAGGACAAUGGUCAGCGCUGCAGUACAGCAUCAUUGGACAUUGUGACGGCUGAUGCCUUCUCAAUCAUCCUGGACUUCCUCUAUUCUGGCCGACUGGCUUUGAACCGAAACAAUGUCAUUGAGGUGAUGUCAGCAGCUAGCUACCUACAGAUGACUGACCUGGUGAACUUCUGUAAGGACUACAUCCACUCCUCUUUGGAAAUAUGCAACAAGGAAAAGGAGAGGAAUACGCAGACUGACAACGAGGUACACGAUGGCGGGAUGGUUCCUGCAGAUAGCGGCACUCCUGCUGCAACAAUUCCCGGCACUCCAACCCCUGUUGAGCCUCAUUCACAAGUUGCAGAAGCAGAUAGAGGUUCAGGCCUAGGAUCCGAGUCCGUCACCUCAGCUCGAACUCCCUUGUCUCUCCCUGUCACCACCUCUCCAGGCACCAGCAGGGAUGUUGACAGUGACUACCAUUCCAGGGAAGAGUUCUCAUCUGGGAAUGAAGGACAGAAGGAACACAUGGAUCAGACAAACCUUUCGUCCUUGUCAUCGACUGUUUUGACUCCAGAUUUGGUCCAACCCAAGAUAGAGUAUGACCCAGAUGAAGAGCUUAUCGAGUCUCCUGACACCAAAGAUCUGACCCCUUAUCCCGGCCCCUCUCUGCAUCAUUCUCAUCACAGCAGGCUACUUCCGCCAAGUCCCACCCAUGAGCGCUCCUCCUUGGGAUACAGCUCCUCCUUUAAUGCCAGACAGGUGAUUGACCUGCUGGCCCGAGGUGAAGGUCCAAGUCCUCUCGGGGAAAGAGUGGUGCAGCGCUUUAACCAAGGACUAGGUAGCAGCACAGGAGGAAGCAGAAUGGAUGAGAGCUUAGGGCUUGUAGGAUCAUCAAUCAUGGAGAUCCAAUCUGACUGGCUUGGAGAGGACACAGGCGACAGCUUGGUAGUGCCGGUCAAACUCCAUAAGUGCCCGUUCUGCCCCUAUACCGCCAAGCAGAAGGGAAUCAUGAAGAGACACAUCCGUUGCCACACUGGAGAGAGGCCAUUUCCCUGUCCCAUGUGUGGCAAGAGGUUCACAAGGCAGGAGCACCUUCGUAGCCACGCCCUCAGCGUCCACAGGCACUAUUGGCCAGUGGCCUGCAAGAGCUGCAGGCGAACCUUCACAGGCUCCGAUGUUUCCCCGGGACUCCGGCGUUUUGGCAUCUGCGACAGCUGCAACUGCGUGACGACCACCCACGAUGACUCGGCUCCCGUCCACCCCGCCGGCCAGUCGGAGCCUAUGGGACGUGCAGAUGCAGGUUCGGACUGGUCCAGUUUCAUGGAUGAGGUGGACGAGGUGGAGGUGGGCAGAGUGGAGGACUUGGUGGAGAAGCAGAUGCUUGAACGGCAGCUGGCGGCCUGCAGCGACGUCACUCACACACUGUGAAUCUGAAGCCCACACUGUACUGUUAUUACUGAUAACUUAUUACUGUAUUAACGUACUCAUUUAUAAUC